CUCACAGGUCCUGGACCGGUCAGAGUGAGCGAGUCCUUCUCAUGGGAGGGGUAUUUAAAAGAGACGGCGUCCGUUCCCGCUCCUCCCAGCUGCUUCAAACAGUCUCUGAUUCCUCCCUCCAACGAGUUCAAGGUGGGGAUGAAGCUGGAGGCCCGGGACCCUCGUAACUCCACCUCCACCUGCAUCGCCACGGUGAUGGGCUUGAUGGGCGCGAGGCUCCGCCUCCGUCUGGACGGCAGCGACAGCACCAAUGACUUCUGGCGAUUGGUCGACUCCGCUGACAUCCAGCCAAUCGGCUCGUGCGAGAAGAAGGGAGACAUGCUGCAGCCGCCGCUGGGUUUCAGGAUGAACGCCUCGUCGUGGCCCAUGUUUCUCCUGAGGACCCUUAAUGGAGCCGAGAUAGCACCAGCCACGGCGUUUAAAAAGGAGCCGCUGCGGCCGCCUCAGAACGACUUCAAGCCCGGCCUGAAGCUGGAGGCCGUAGACAAGAAGAACCCGUACCUGAUCUGUCCGGCCACCAUCGGCGAGGUGAAGGGGGAAGAGGUGUUCGUGAUGUUUGACGGCUGGAGGGGGGCGUUCGAUUACUGGUGCCGCUAUGACUCCAGGGACAUCUUCCCCGUGGGCUGGUGCUCGGUCACCAAUCACAGCCUGCAGCCGCCCGGAAACAGCAUCUCCGUUCCAAAACUGGGUUCUACACCUUCCUCCUCAUCCUCUUCCUCUAACCCUAAACCGCCCCGGCGCUCCAUGCCGAUUCCUCACCGCCUGCCGACUCCUCUUCCUCAACUCCCCGUGCGGAAGGGCAUCAGGGGACGGCGGCCAAAAAGCGAGACCAUCGCAUUGCUGAAAGCCCUGGCCGUUUCCACCGUGGCUCAAGACACUGAAGAUCAAGGAGAAGCCACACCCCAAACCACACCCAUUUCCCAGCAUCCCCUGCGUCCAUACAAGAAGAGAGGACCUAAACCAGGCAGCAAGAGGAAGCCCAGACUCCUCCAGAGUUCCAUGUCUAUAGAAGCCAGCUCUGACUCCAGGGUCCCCAUGACUCAGAUGCCCAGCGAUGGACUCCCUCCUCUGGGAUCCCCCUCAUCUGUGGUGUCUACUGUGUGUGUAUACGUGAAUAAACACGGGAACUGUGGCCCACAUCUGGACCGUAAGCAGGUUCAGAGACUGCCGGAUCACUUCGGGCCGGAGGCGGUAAAUCUCGUUCUGCAGCAGACGGUUCAGGCCUGUCUGGACUGUGCAUACCAGCCCAAAGUGCUUCUGGGAUGCCUGCAGAGCCAAGGCGGCGGAGGAGAGGUGGUCAGAGUCCGAACAGAUGGUGGGAAGCGGUUGGUGAAGCUGCCGUCAGCGUCGAGCGCCGGGUUCGUGUUGCACUUCCUGGAGCGAGUGUGUCGACACCUGCAGUGUGAUAAUCUGUUCAGCAGUCAACCGUUCAGUCCACACAACACCUACGACCGUGCUAAAUCAGUUAAAGAGGAGAUGGUGUCAGACUGUCCGUCUCUGAACAGAAGUAUGAAGCGGAUCUCCAGAGACUCGCCCCCGUCGUACUGCGCUCCUCUCUCCCCGAAGCUCCUGCACACAGACACACACCCGUCAGAAGCGGAGACACUUCCUCCAGAGGAGAGCGGAUUACUGAAGGAGCAGCGCUUCAUGGACUCCGCCUCCAAUUCCAUGACGCCCCGCCCACAGACCUUGAGAAGCACCUCAGAGUACCAAUCAACGCCCAGCAACCCGUAUUACCAUGGCAACGGGCCGCCUCUCCGGAGACGGGCGUCAAACCCCCCCCCACAGACACACAGACGAGUGGAGGCUGCCAGCUCUACCACGGGCCCCGAGACGGCGGCGGCGGCGGACCGAGAGCUUCCCAGAAUCCCCGGCAGGAGUCCGUCCUCCUGGUCUAUAGAGGAAGUGAUGCGGUUUGUGCGGGACGCGGACCCAACAGCACUGGCUCCACACGCAGAGCUCUUCAGAAAACACGAGAUCGACGGGAAAGCUCUGAUGUUACUGAGGAGCGACAUGGUGAUGAAGUACAUGGGGCUGAAACUGGGACCGGCGCUCAAACUCUGCCACCACAUCGAGAGACUCAAGCAGGGGAAGCAGUGAAACACACACACACAUGCACACACACACACGCCGUCUCUCCCUGACGUUCAUCUACAGCCAGAACGCACUUUGAGGAACAUUAGUGCCGCUCUCUGGGAUCAACCGUCGGCAAACAGGAGCAUUCGGUCGGUUCUUACCUCCUGCGAUCAAUCAGCUUCACAGGACGAUUAUCUCGCCCCUAGUGAUCGUUUCUGCGUCUGAGGUUGGUUAUGUAUUGCUCUACCUCUUUGUGACGUCAUACUAGUCCACAGAUGUUUCUGACAUCACUUCCAGCCACCGAAAAUCUUGUUUGUGUAUUUCGUUGGCUUCAAACAAAAUACAUGCUACACAAUCCUAAGGGGAAACGUUCGGCCAAUCAUUAUCAUGUACAGUCCAAAGCCGUACGACUUUGUUUCUUCCGUCGAACGCAAAAAGAGACGUUUUGAAGAAUGUUCACGCUGCUCGUUUUCAUGUGAUUAUGCUUCAUUAUUUUUGAACCCUUUAAAUUGCUUGUUUUUUUUUUAUAUGGUUGGAGAUUAAAUUUGAGCGUUUUAUCUUCAAUAAACUAAACUUAAAUAAUAAUAAACUUUAUAUUUGUCGAUCAUGCAUAAAUUAAAAACAGGUCUAAUUUUUGCACUCAAAGUCGUUGCAUGGUUAUAUCUGACUAUUUUCAAAAUGCAUUUAUUAAAAUCAGUUAGAAUCUAGGAUAAACACGGUUAAAUACGACUAGCUAAAUUCAUUUAGGUAAUGUAUGAGAUACUUAUAAAUGUAAAAUACAUAAACUUGGUUAUUGCGUUUUUAAAACAAAUUUUGUUUAUUAUUAGUACUAUUUCAGAAACCGGCCUGUUUCGUUUAUGUAUGACAAGAAAAAUAUGAAUCAUGUUCACUGUGAAAUAUAAAAUUUAAAUGCAAUUUAAAUACAUAAAUCUUAAAUUUAAGCCUAAAUGGUAAUGAAUAUCUGUAGGUUUGAUCACUGCU